AUGGUUUUGUCUGCAGGUAGAAGAGAAGGCUGGUUUUCUCUCUUGCGGGAAGAUGUGGUGCUAACACUUUCUUGGAUAUUUUUGGAUGUGUGCGUUUGUAUAAACAACAAGUGUUACUUGGAAGAUGGAGCUUCAAAAGGUGCCUGGCUGAAUCGGUCGAGUAUUAUUUUUGCUGGAAGUGAUAAGUGGUCAGUAGAUCCUCGAGUUUCAAUUGCAACAGCAAAUAGAAGAGAAUAUAGCCUGCAGAUACAGGACGUAGACGUGACAGAUGACGGUCCAUACACUUGUUCUGUGCAAACUCAACACACUCCUAGAACGAUGCAGGUGCACUUAACUGUACAAGUUUCUCCGAAGAUAUUUCGUAUUUCGAGUGACAUCGUUGUGAAUGAAGGAAGCAAUGUUACUCUGGUCUGCCUGGCCACGGGGAAGCCAGAGCCUUCCAUUUCUUGGAGACACAUCUCUCCAUCUGCAAAACCAUUUGAGAGCGGACAGUACCUGGACAUCUAUGGAAUUACAAGAGACCAGGCUGGGGAAUAUGAAUGCAGUGCAGAAAAUGAUGUCUCAGUCCCAGAUGUGAAAAAAGUAAAAGUCACAGUAAACUUUGCCCCCACAAUUCAGGAACUUAAAUCCAGCGGUGUGAUGCUUGGAGGGAACGGACUGAUACGGUGCGAAGGUGCAGGAGUUCCUGCCCCAGUCUUUGAGUGGUACAAAGGAGAGAGGAAACUGAUCAAUGGUCAACAAGGAAUUACUAUUAAAAAUUAUAGUACAAGAUCACUUCUUACUGUUACCAAUGUGACAGAAGAGCACUUUGGCAACUAUACAUGUGUCGCUGCCAACAAGCUAGGGACGACCAAUGCCAGCCUGCCUCUCAACCAACUUAUUGAGCCUACUACCUCUAGUCCUGUCUCAAGCCCAGCUCCCAGUACAGCCCAGUAUGGGAUCACCGGUGAUGCCGAAGUCCUCUUCUCCUGUUGGUACCUUGUGUUGACACUGUCCUCCCUCACCAGCAUAUUCUACCUGAAGAACAUCAUUCUGCACUAA